AUGACAACAAAUAAUACCGAUAAAAUGUCUCGACGUGAAAAAAGAAUGCACGAACGUUGGUCAACAUCAACAAAAACUGAUAAGAACAAUAAUGAACAAUCAUCAACAAAAACAAUAUUAGGUAUAGAAUUUCCACCGAUUGCUGUUCUUCGACGAAAAUUUUCAUCAUCAACAAAUAAACAACAUACGAAUAAAAAUGAAAUAAAUCCAGAUGAUAAAUUGAAUUCACCUAUAUUGAUGACUGUGAAGGAGAUUAACACAUUGCCAACGACAAAUACAGUGGAAGAAAUGAAUCUUGAUCAAACAGUAGAAUUGCCAUCGAAAGAUCUAUCAUUGUUGAUAAGUACGAAUGUGGAUAAAAACAACGAUGAUGGACAACUGCCAGUAACUACUAUAUCAGAAGAUAUUUGUUUACCAGAAGAAGAAACAACGAUGAGAAAAAAACAAGGUCCAUUAUCACCAGACACAGAUUAUCAAACAGAAACAUUAGCAAAUAUUCAUAAUGAUAAUCAGCAAACUAAUAAUGAAAAUAGUUCGAUAAUAAUAACUAAUACAUUGGACUCAAAUUUAUUUUCAUCUUCUUCUUCUCCUUCUUCUUCUUCUUCUACAUUAAUAUCAAUAUUUCCUUCUUCUUUAACGUCAUCUACGAAUGAGAGCAAAACUAUCGAAUAUUUACCAAAAGAAAAAGAAGAAAAAAAAGAAGAACAACAACAUUGUGACGACGUCUAUAACGUCGGGGAAGAGAAAAAGAACAACAGUAGCUUCGUACAUGACUAUCACGCGUCGGGAAUAAUAUUAAGAAACGACGAGCUAAGACAAACAGUCUUAUUACAGCAAGAGAAAAAAGAAAAAGAAAAACGAGAGGAAAGAGAACGACCAUCAUCGCCAUUACCGACACUAGAGCAAUUCAACAAACAGCGGAUAGAAGAUGAGUCGCCAAUACAAACGCUAUCAAACAAUUUAAAUCAAAUGGCAAUGGCUAAUAUUAAUCAAAAUGAAGAACAAUAUAAAAAAGUUGAAAUUGAAGAGGUUCCUGAUGAUGAAGAAGUCAUAUCAAAAAAACCAAUUGAUUCAAUCGAACCAAUUGAUUACAUUUUAACAGAUGAUGAACCAAAACAACCAAAACAAUCUUCACCACAACCAUAUAUAACUGUUCCUAGUGAUGAACCAUUAAAAUUUGAAAAUGUUUUAUCAUGUUAUGAAAAAGCAAUAGCUAAAAUAGUCGAUACACAUGAUGAAUCAUCGCCACUUUCGAAUACAUUAUCCACAGAAUUAUUAUCAACAACAACAACAACUCAACCAUCGGCUGAUGAUCCUAUUGCAUUACGUGCGCUACAACGUUUUGAAGAACGCAUGAAUGCUGCUGUUGCUGCUAAAAAUAAUAAAGAAGAAACAAAUUUUAAAACAUCGAAAACUAAGUCAUCAUGGUCUGGAUCACUUUCAUCAUCACGAAAAUCACUUGAUAAUUUAUUCAAAAAUAUUGAACAACAAUUAAGUACAACUCCGAUUACACUUGAUAAUGAAUCAAAAACAAUAUUAUCAUCUCAAUCGGAUAGUUAUAUUCGUCCACGUAAAACAUUUGAUGAUAGUAGUUUUAAUUAUGGUAUAACAUUCAAUUCACUUGGUACGACAAGUUCAACUAUUGACAAGACUAAUACUGAUGAUCAAAAAGUAGACGAACAACAGCAGCCAUCAACAUUAGUAGAAAAUGAUGACAAACGCGCUGUCGAUAACAAGUCAUCGAACAUUGUUGACUCUAAAAAAGAUCAGCAAGAAAAAGAACAACAACAAAUCACAAAUGAUACAACAAUGACAAGUGAAACUGAUCUUGGAAAUGAAAAAGAAGGCUUAAGCUUAGUAGCUGUACCAACAACUGAUAACUCAAUAAUAAUUAGUUCAUCAAAUGCAGCCAUUGUACCAUCUUCAUCAACUGAAGAACCAGUUAUUAAACCAUAUGGUUUUCAACUUGAAGGUCGUCGUCGUUUAAAUACUCUUGAAGUAAUGCGUGAACGUCGUCAAAGUCGUGAAUUUCUUGAUAAAAAGGAAUUAGAACAACAACAACAAGAAAAACUUCAAAAUGAAUAUGCACUUAAAUCUGAUGAAGUACAAGAUCCUAUAGUUCGUCGUGCACUUGAACGUUAUGAUGAAAAAAAUCGUAAAUUAACUCAAACAAAAUCAAUGAAUUAUGAUGAAAUUCAAGAUCCUAUUACACGACGUGCAUUAAUGCGUCUUGAAUCAAAUUUAAAACGAACAAUGCCAUCAACAACAAAUGAUUCAAAUGAAAAUUGGUAUACAGAAAAUUAUACACUUGGAUCAUUACAACCUACUAAUGAUCGUUUAUCACGUUAUAGUAGUUCAUCUCAUGAUCCAACAUCAAAUAAUAGAACAAAAUAUAUUUCUGUACAUCAACGUUAUUGUACACCAGCAUCAAAUGAUAUAUCUAAUUUAUCUACAACAAAUAAUCUUAUAUCAUCUAAUGAACAUGAUAUACCUAUUAUGAAUGUACCAACACAAUCAGUUUAUGUUACAUUAAAUAAUCAACAACAAAAACAACCAAGUAAUAUACGUCAACGAUCACGUUCAGAAGAUAUGCUUACAUCAAGAGAUUUAACAAUUGGUCAAACAACAAAUCUUGAUGAUGUUGAUACAUCAUCACAAUUACAACGUAAUCGUUCAUCAAAUGAAAUAGCAUUAAAAGAAACUGGUUUUCAUUUACCAAAUACAUUAAUUAAAUCUCUUGAACCAAAUUUUACUCGUACAACAGAAUCAUCUGUUAGUUAUGCAACACCAACACAAACAUAUUCAGCCUAUAGUUGUGAAUAUACACGUCCACGUCGAAAUCCUUUAUUAACAUCAACAACAUCAUCAUCAUCCGAUAUACCAAUAACAUCAAGAAAUGAUUCGAAUCAAUUAACUUCUUCUUCAUAUUCUCAACAAGAACAAAAUGAAAUUCAACGUCCGAUAGCAUAUCGACCAACAAUUGAAAAUCAAUAUGAAACUCAAUCUUCAUCAGCAUUUGCACCUGUUCGUUCUUCUACAUCAACAACAAGUAAUUAUUAUAAUCAACAACCAAUAUCUACACCUUCAUAUGCUGGUUCAACAUAUACAUCAAAUAAUCUUAAUCAAACACCUUAUUCAGAUGAUCCAAUUGUUCGUCGAGCAGUUGAACGAUUUAAUACUCAACUACAAAAUAGUCUUAUGUCAACAUCUCAAUAUCAACCAACAAAUAAUUAUUUAUCACAUUCAGCAAAUAUUCAUGAUCCUUGGUUCAAUUCAAAUCGUUCAGCAUUAAUGACAACAAGUGCAAUUAGUAAUAGUAAUAGUGGAGGAGGUUAUCAAUCAAUAAUUGGACGUCGUCGACUAACACGUUAUGAUGAUCCAAAUAUGUAUCUUGAUCAAUCAAGUGUUGGUGAUGCUUAUGCAUCAUCCGUAUUUGUUAAUUCACAAAAUCCAUAUUUAAUGACAAGUCAAUAUAUGAAUAUGCCUGAACAACCUCCUGUUAUUCCACCACGUUUACGUCGAAUGAAUUAUCAAAAUGAAGAUAUCAAUGAUCAAUAUCGACGUCAUUCAAUAGAUGAUUAUUUAUCAGAAAACAUUAAUAACAAUAACAAUAAUAACAAUAAUAAUAAUAAUAAUCUCUCACAAGAUACAUUUAUUCAUUAUGCAUAUCCAGCAACAAUAACAAAUACAACUAGUUUUCGACCAAUAAAUAUAGAUUAUAAUCAACAAUAUGAUUCAUCAAAUCAAUUAUCUCAAGAACAAGAUGAUAUACGUUAUCGAACGCAAUCAACUUCAAGUACAAAUUCAACGGAUAGUCUUAAAAUACAACAAAGAUCAACAAGACCAACUAAUAUUCGAACACAAAUAAAUAAUCAACAAAGAUUACCACCACCAUCUAUAGCUGUACGAACAACUACACAACAAAAUGAUCGUAAAAUAAAUGAAAAAAAUUUAACCAAUAAAAUAUCACCGGUUAAUACACAAUCACCAUUAGGUCAAACUCCACCUAAUAAUGGUAAUCUUUCAAAUGAUUCUGUCUUUCAUCGUCUUGCUUAUACAGGUACAAAAGCAUCAUUAUCAAAAUCAAGUUCAAAUUCUUGUUCAAAUUUAUUAAAUAAAAAUUCAUCACAAUUAAAAUCAUGCGAAGUUGAGUUUGAUGAUUCAUUAAAUUCAACAACAACAACAACAACAACAACUGACAAUAAUACUGAAGAAAAUUCUUCAUUAGAUAAUAAAUAUCAACGUUCAAAAUCUGUUGAUGGUCGAACAAGAUUAAAAUUUUCACAAGGUCAAACAAAUAUAAUAUUGGAUAAUGAUGAAAAUAAUAAUUCAAUUAAUACUGAACAAGAUAAACCAAUACCAUCAUCAAGAUUUACUCCUAUUAAUAUUCGUCGUGAAACACCAAUAAAACCACCAACUAGAAAUAAUUUAUCAUAUACAAAAACAACAAAUGGUAUUCGAACACAUGGAUCAAAUGGAAAUUUAAUUGAUACAUAUAAUCAACAACAAGAUAUAGAAAAUGAUGCAAAUAUAUCAUUUAAUGUUGAUAAUCGAACACGUACAACAAUACCUGUUCAACAUUAUACAACACAUAAUCAUGUUCAAACAUCAUCAUCAGCAUCAUCUGUUAACAGUACUCAUUCUCGACCAAAACCACCGGUUUCAAUUCCGAUUAAUCUCGAUAGAAGAGAUUCGAAUACAUCAAAUACAGAUCUUAACAGAACACCACGACGUUCGGAUGAUAAUCGUUAUGUUUCUCCAAGUGGUCAACGUCGAAAUAUUCCUGUUUCAGUUUUUUCACCAGCUAAACUUGAUAAUAAACGUCCUGCACCUGCUCCACCAACAUCAAAUACUGAAUCUCAAAAUCAAACAUUUUAUUCAACUCGUUCAUUAACAAAUGAUAAUAAUUCUACAAUGAAAAUGAAUGAAAAUCAAAUGAAUAAGAAACUCUCAUCAACAAAUUCAGGCAUUAAAACACCAACAAAUAUUGUUAUAAAUGAUUUUACUAUUACAACCGAUAAACAUGAUAAUAAUAAAAAGAUGAACGUAUUUGAACGACUCUUUCGUAGUAAUAAGAAAAAAACUUAA